GUGAAGCUGUGACCGCGACCGGACCGGACGGAAGGAUAAAUUUUUACUUUUUAUUUCUAUCAAGUACGGCUCCUCGCUGUCCGUUGCGCUCUUCGUGUUUGCUGGAUUCAAAAAGGUCCUGACUUUCAUAUAAAAUACUAAAAAUAUGGCUCCUCCAAGCUUUUCGGAUUUAGGAAAGCAAGCACGUGAUAUUUUCAGCAAGAAUUACCAUUUCAGUUUGGUGAAACUUAGUCUACAAACAAAAACAAGUUCUGGUGUGGAAUUUGAUGUUAGUGGUUCUUCAAAUACCGACACUGGAAAAGUAUCAUCAUCGCUUGAGUCAAAGUAUAAGAUUCCAGAAUAUGGUUUGUGCUUGAAAGAAAAAUGGACUACCGAUAAUGUUCUUACAACUGAAGCAGCACUGGAAGAUAAAUUCUUAAAAGGUGCAAAACUUGUUCUUGAUACAACAUUUGUUCCUCAGACUGGAAAGAAAAGUGCUAUAUUGAAGAGUGCAUAUAAGUCGCAAUAUAUUCAUCUAAACACUGAUGUUGAUAUUGAUCCUAAAGGACCUAUUAUCCACAGUGCUGCUGUUUUAAGUUUGCAAGGUUGGCUUGCUGGAGCACAGGCUAGCUUUGACACUUCAAAAAAUAAAUUGAAAAAAUCUAAUUUUGGCAUAGGUUAUGCAACUGAUGAUUUCGUUUUGCAUACAAGUGUGAACGAUGGACAAGAAUUCAAAGGCUCAAUCUAUCAAAAGGUGAAUGAUAACCUAGAGACCGGAGUUCAGCUUGCAUGGUUUGCUGGCAAUAAUGCUACAUCAUUUGGAUUAGGCUGUGUCUACACCAUAGAUAAAGAUACAUCUCUGAGAGCUAAAGUCAACAAUUCUAGCCAAAUUGGUAUGGGUAUCACUCACAGACUUCGGGAAGGUAUUCAGCUGCAUUUAUCUGCAUCGAUUGAUGGAAGAAGUUUCAAUCAAGGAGGUCACAAGCUUGGUAUAGGCAUUGAUCUUGAAGCAUAAGCAGUAUUAUUAGUGUAAUCAGUAUUUUCAAUAAUAAGUGUUAUUUAUUUUCUGAUUUUUGGGUAGCAUUUGAAAGCAUUUUUGAGUGGCCAAAAAGUUGAAAUUUAAAAAUUAGGGUAGAAAAUUUGCAAUGAUUUCAUCAUAGUGCAUUUGCAGCUUUAUUAUUUUGUAUGCAGACUAUAACUGGUAGCUUUUUCUUUUUUUAACUAGUUUACAUUUUUUUUAAAGUGAAUCUUAAGAUUUUGAUUUAAACAAAAAAAGAAAGAAAAAUUAAGAUUUUCAAAACAUUACUUCAAAGUAUUUUUGCUAAAAGAAAAUUAAAGAUUGCAUUCUUCAGUUUUCAACUUGUUCUAACUUUCGGACAGAAAUUCUUUAAAUCAUUUAUUUAAAAGAUUUUUCAUGUGCUUUAAAGCAGUGUUUCCUAAUCUUUUUUGUCCCAUAAACUGGUAAAACUUGAAAACAAUUUGCAGGCCAGUGCUCUUUUUUUUUUAGAUGCAAAAAAAAAAAAAACCUUCGCUAUGUAUUAAAUUUACUAAACAAGUUAAUUAACAUUUUAAUUAUCAUUUACUUUCUAUUUUUGAAUCAGAUAGCUUUUUUAUUUUUUAACCCAAGUAGGUAAAAAUCUGAGUACUGGACUCUUUUUUGCUAACUGCUGCCAGAUCUUCAAUGAUUGAGAAUCCCUACUUUAAAGCAUUGAAAAUGGGCAUUUUAUUUUUUUAUUUUUCAUUUUAGUGCAUUAAUGUCUAAUUGCAUUCCCUGUUUUUUUAAUUUUAACUGAUGGCAUUUGUAUUCUUUUCUCAGAAUCUCUUCAUUUUCUUAACAUGUUCUCAUCAUGGUUAUGCAUAUGUAGUCAAUGAUACGUAUGAAACUAGUCCUAAGUUAAAUGCUUUGUUUUCUGAAGACUGAACUCUGUAAAGUUAAAAAUUAAUGUUCAGCAUUACACAUUUUAUUAUUGUAAUACUAUUAGAAAUAAAUAGAACAACUCAUCGCUUUUUGUGAAAUAAAUUUUGUCCAAGUAA